AUGCCUCCUAGAAAAUCAGCUGCUGAAAGGGCGCGUGCCGAUGGACGUUCCAAGAUCCCACCAAAGUGCAAAGUGCAAGAGGAUUCAAAAGGAAAACGGAUGCCUGGGCUGACAGAUAUACCCAUGGGCGGAACGGAUACGGCAGCAUCUGGGAAGGGCAUGGCCCCGUCGCCAGUCUACGAGUACGAUCCAUUGCCAUGUUUGGAUGAUGAGCCUGAAGGAGGUCUCAGCAAAAUUGGCAGGGCGGACUUCCGAAUCGCAACGUUCAAAAAGAUCAUUGAGUGGCAUGAACGCAACCAUCCGGGUGCGGUCCCAACAUGCAAAGCCAGCCUCGCGGAUGCUAUCGCUGCGCGCGAAGCUCUGAGUGAUACUCCAGAAAACCAUAGGGUUGGUAACCCGGAAGCACCCAAGCUUAUCGUUUUGGAGCGGGUCAAAGAUCUCAAAGAAGCGCUCGCACACUCAGAAUUUGAGCCGGAAAAGGUGAACAUUAAAGCAGCCAUCGACGCAUAUGAGUCCGGAGAGGUCGGAUACAGCAAGGGCUACACACUGAUCUGGGCUGGGCAAGUCGUCGAUACCGCCGCAACAUAUGGCGAGUUCAGCGUCAAUCGCGCAGAACGACUAGACCGUUACGCGGAGAAGUACGGCCCACACUGGCUAUGGUGGGAAAGUCCUCUGGAUUUGCAUCCUAAUGAUCAGCUCCAAGCCAAAGGAUGCCAAGUCAUCCCUAGACGGGCUCAACCAGGUGGAUUAGGCCAUUUCUGGAUCCACCAGAGAUACCAGAAACAAUCAGGGUUCGUGAUGAGGCUUCCAAACGAGGGUGGUGAAGGAGACUUAAAGCCUUUAAAUGCCAGCGAAAGAAGCGCUUUCCAGACCGACGCUCAUGGACGAGUAAAUUGCGGCGAUUUGGGCCCAAUCUAUGAGAUGCCAUCUAUGCUUGACUCGGGUGCCUCCUGCGCUUCGCUGUACAGUUCAGACUUGAAGGAGCUUGGGAUCGUCAAAAAGCAUUACAGCGCACAGAGUUAUGGGAGUUUCAAUCUGGCAAAUGGUGCUUUUCUAAAACAAAAGAUAUUUGAGUUGCACGUUGAGGUUGGCGGCAACGAGGGUACCCCGAUCAUUGACCCCAAGAACCCAAUAGUGCCGGGUCGACUCGCUAUUGGAGGAAUCUUCCCAGUGGUUGAGAUUCCGCAACGAAUUAAGAAUCCCUUCGAGGAAGGAAGCUACAUAAUCAACAAUAGGCUGUCGGGUAUUAUGCCUUUUCUGUCUUCAUACCUGAGCAUUGUUCCGGGCAGUAAUAUUAUGCUUCUGGGUGAGAACCGGAACGACAUCAUCGGACACUACAAGAUGCCACCCUUCCGCGUGUGGGACUUCCAUGGGUCCCAAGAAGCACACAUAAACCCGCUUUUCAACUAUAUCGACAAUCCACUGCUCUACUUCCACCAUCAAGCCGAACAAAUCACGGAACAAGACCAUACGCCUUUAGCAGUUCAAACAACAAAGGAUGGACAGACCUAUAUGGUGUCUCCCCAGAAUGGACAGACCUGA